UAAAAAUGUGUGACCGUCCCAAUAGCUCAACUUGUUUUUUGUUUCAAAAAAAGUGACCUAUACAGCAGCAAUGGCAACAUCAGCCGCAUCGCCAGCACGACUGGCUCAGUUAUCUCAACUCUCGUGCAAAAUAUUUCAAAAUGUAUACAACCCAACUGCUUCCCGUACCGGUAACAAGAUUUUGCGUCAACGACUUCUCGGCCCUACCAUGACCGCCUACCAUCCACAAAAGCUUGUUCAUUUCCGCGACAUUAAAGCCUUGUAUCCCGACCAAGGUUUUGUCGAUGUGGACGAAAAGGCUCGUUUGGACGAAAUCGCGCGAAGAAAGAGACGCGGAAAGGGGCAAGCGUGCGUCCAACAAGAAACGUUAAAACUAUUACGAUCACAGAAAGCAACAACACCACUUUUAUCAUUUUCCUCCUUUAUUUUUCUACAUGUACAUACGAUAGACAUAUAUUCUUACAUCGAAUCCGAGCGAAUAAAAAGAGAAUUCGUGUAUCUUCUCUUUUUUACAACAAACCGCCACGCUAAACCUGGAGUUUAUUGACAGAACUGUCAUGCUAAGGAAGCCUUUUACUUUUUUUCUGCACCGAUAUAUUGGAUAAUCACGAGCUAGGCAUUGCUUUGUUAAUCGCACCAAAGCUACGUUGGAUAAGGGACGUAG